AUGCCUUCGUUCAAGCGUGUAGCCGUGAUAGGAGCAGGACCUUCUGGUUUCGCAGCUGUGAAAGCUUUGUCUGAUGAGAAUGCGUUUGAUACAAUCAAAUUGUUUGAGAGGAGAGACCGUGUUGGUGGGAUAUGGCUCUAUGAUCCAAAACCAGACGUCUUUCCUACUUCGGUUUCAAGGCGCCCAAAAAUAAACGCUCCUCCUCAGCAACUUCCCGCAUUCGCUGAGCCACUAGGUGAAGAUAUCGGAGCAAGAACUGGCAUCUAUGAUACCUUAGACAGCAAUGUUGGAGCCGAAGUCAUGGCUUUCACACAUACGCCCUUUCCCAAGGACAACUCAGCAGAUUCCGUACGCCGGUACGGAUCAAAUAAUCCUACACGACCGUACCAGAUCAUUGAAAGGUACAUCGAAGAUGGGUUCAAAGAGUACCGUCAUCUAUUAUCAUUGAGCACCACAGUUGAGAACGUAGAGAAAGUCGGAGAGGAGUGGGUUUUGACUCUUCGAAAAGCGAACGAGCCACUACGGGGCGAGCACAAGGAUUAUUGGUGGCAAGAGAAGUUCGAUGCUGUAGUUGUCGCUACGGGGCACUAUAAUGUGCCUUUUAUUCCAGCGAUAUGGGGCAUUGAUGAGGCUGUGAAAGCGCUGCCUCAUAAAUUCGAGCACUCGAAGUCGUUCAGGUCACCAGAUGACUAUGUUGGGAAGAAAGUCAUUGUGGUAGGAGGAAGUAUAUCAGCAGCAGAUUUAGUUGGUGAUCUCGCUGCUAUCGUCCAAGGGCCGUUGUACCUUUCUCAGCGUGGUAGGAACGAAUUACUGGAUGCUGCGUUCACACUACCUGGCGUUGUUACUAAGCCUCCCAUUCGAAGUAUCUCAGCCAAUAAUGGAGGAACUGUAGAAUUUCAGGAUGGAAGCACGGUGAAGAAUUUUGAUAAAAUCAUCUUUGGAACAGGGUAUCGAUUAUCGUAUCCGUUUCUCAACCCGGAGCCAGUUACGGCACAGAAUAGACUUGCGGGCUUUUAUCAGCAUGUGUUCAAGAUUGGCGAUCCCUCAUUGACGGUUGUAGGACAGGUCAAAGCAGCGCUCAGUUUCCGCGUCUACGAAUACCAAGCCGUAGCCGUGGCUCGGUUCCUUGCAGGUCGAGCCAAGCUUCCCAGCGUUGAGGAACAGAACGACUGGGAGACGAAGAGACUCGCAUACAAAGGACCAACGAACCUCUUUCACGAGGUUAAACCUGAUUUCGCGGAUUAUUUCAACUGGUUGAGAAAUUUUGCUGGAGCACCGGCAGAGGGAACGAAGGGCUAUGAACUCCCGGCGUGGGAUGAUGGGUGGGGACCAUUGGGAUUGAGGAUUCUGUCUUUGAAGGAUGCGUAUUGGAAUAGGCUUAAACGGGAGGCGCAUGAGGGUCAGAUAAGAGCGAAGCUUUAG